UUAUGUUGAAUGACACAGCCAUACUUAUCAGACAAUACGUCUAAACGUUAAAGGCUUCGGAGUUACGCUUUAAAACGUCAUUUAUUCUUUUAAACUCUGGAGUAUAACUAAUAACAAGUAAAUAGCAUUCUGUGAGUUACAGAUGCACAAAAGAUGAAUAUACAGGUUAAAUAUUUUGCAUAUGUGUUUUGCAUUUAUAUCAAUGUUCUCUUUGUUGGUGUUUAUGGCACCUCAUCUACUUCGUCUGAUUCUAAAAGUUGCAACAUACGAAAUGCUGAAAUCACCUGCAAUUAUAUCCCGGCGGAUAUUCCGGUCGGCACGAGGACAGUCAGUCUCAUAAAUAUAUUGGAAAGAACAUUGAGCAAAGGAUUAUUUUCGACAUAUAAUUGGCGGCAAAUCACAAAACUUGAAAUUUCUGCCAGUAAGGAGUGGCUCGAUGAACAUGAUACAGUAGCAGUUUUCGAUUCGCUUUGUUUCUCUGGAUUAAACAAUUUAGAAGUGUUACAUAUACAGUUAGAAACAACAAUAAUAAUUGCACCUGACUCAUUUAUUGGUAUAGAAAAUCUAAAACGUUUAGACUUAUCAGGUUGUCGAAGAUUAAACUUGGAAGAUGUUCUGAAUGCAAUAGAUAACAAUAAUGUUAUACCAAAGCUUCAGUAUCUAAACUUAGCUUUUCUUGCUAGUUAUCAUGCCGGUAUCACCUUAAGUGAGCGAUUUUUCAAAUUAAUUGCCGACAAAAAAGUCAGAGAACUCGAUAUAGGUUCUACACAAAUUAAAUUUCUUAACUUAACAGCCUUUAUUACGUACUGUGCUCACUUGAAACGUUUAAAUAUUUCAAGUGUGAGGGUAAAUGAGUAUAAGAAUGAUUUGAAACUUCUUCAGAGACCAUGUCCAAACCUUGAAUCCAUUGAUGCCAGUUAUGCAGUUGUUCCUUCUCAAGUUAGUCCUGUCGACAACAGAGUUUUUGAAAGAAACGAAAAUUUACCAAUAAACUUUUAUUGGAUGAAGUCAUUGCGUUUCAUACAAAGCGUCAGUAAUUUAAGUCUGGCAGGAAUCCUUUCAAAACAGUCCUCUUUUUCCUUUUACAAUAUAACAGUGUAUGUGUUUGGAGUCAAUAGAUUUAAACUGGAAGUGAUCAAUCUGGGAAACAACAAUUUCAAUAGAAUGGACUUAAAGCUUAAUAUACCGGGAUGCACGUUUAAAAAAGUAUAUUUGUCGGGAUGUAAUAUUCAUUACCUUCAUCCGGAUGCAAUUUCAAGUUUCAUAUUACUGUCAGACAUUGAUCUCUCAAGAAACAAACUGAACAGUAUGAUGGCAGAAGAUUUCAACUUGUUCGAAAAUAUGUUCAAAAACCUUUCUAAUCUAAGAAGUGUACGUUUGGCUUCAAAUGGAUUAACACGUCUUCCAAAAUACAUUUUUGCAUACAAUUUAAGACUUGAAUUCAUAGACAUAUCAGACAAUCAGAUAACUGAAUUUUCUUGUGAAGUGAUUCAUUUAAAGAGUCUCAGGACAGUAGAUGUUAGAAGAAAUAGAAUACAAGUCAUAGAUGCUGUCACCUUUGAUACAUUUGACAAAUUGAAUGUUUAUUUACUUCUUCGAGGAAACUUUAUCCAGUGUUCCAAAUGUAACUCCCUGGCUUUCGUUAAAUGGCUUAAAAACUCAGCCUCAAUCACAACAUAUAAUCUUGGCCUACAAUGUGAUAACAAGGACUCUAAGAAAAUAUUUAUUACUGAUAACACCAUUAAUGAAAUACAGGAGAUAUGUAAUAGACCCAAAGUGAUCAUCGUAAUAUGUUGUGCAUCUGUUCUUGCAUUAAUUUCAGUUGUAGCAAUUCUAUUCAAAAUACGAAGAUGCCAAAGGCAGCGAAAAUAUCAACGUGAAAUGGAAGAUCGCAUUGCUCUCAUUAGAGAGGGGGCCGACGAAAACAAAUUUGUUGUGUUUCUUUCAUACAGCAGUAACGACGACGACUUUGUCAGCAGGUACGUCUUUAAUCAAUUAAAUGAGAAUCUUCAGCAAACGGUAGGGAAGGACAGUAAUCUAGUCUGUGAAGGAGACAAACAUUUUCAAAUUGGCAGACCAAUUCCAGAGCAAAUGUCAAAGUUUCUUCGUAAAUCGUCUGUAGUGGUGAUUCUUUUAACGGAUCAUUACAUCCAAAGUGCACAUUGUCGGAAUGAAUUUGAUCACGCUAUCUUGUUGGAAAAGCCUAUUGUUCUUAUGGUUAAGGAUGAAAUAGAUAUAGAAAUGAUGAAUGGUCAAAUGCUGGAUUUAUACGAACACAGGACGCGAAUUUUAUUUAUGAAGGAAAACGAUGAUUAUAUACCGAAAACGUCUUGGGAGAAUGUUUGUACAUCCAUCAUCGAACUUGUUGAAAAUUGAUUGAAUUUUGACUGUCAGAGCAUACUAUCGAAAGAGACCGAAUACGUGCUAUGUUUGUCCAAUCAUUUAUGUUUAGAAUAUUUAUUUUGAUAUUGCGGAUAAAUAUUUACAAUGUAUGAGCAUGUCAUUUAUAUUCCUCUUACAUCCUUAAGCCGGUAUUCGGUGAUUAUAUACAAAAACAAUGGGUGUUUAAUUACUAACAACUCACUACACUUUCUUUCAAACAAUAUACAGUAUUGCGUAAUUGAACCAAUUAACCAAAGGUUUUGUGUAAAUUGUCAAAAUAAAAUUGUUGACGAAUUUAUUUGAAUGUUGUCAAUAUAAUGAAGAAAAAAAAACGCUUUUUGAAAGAAGUAUAUAUUAAUUAACAAGCGCCAAACGUUGUUAAACUACAAAAUGUCAUGUACACUAAAAACAUGUCUAAAUUUCUAAAGUUUUAUAAAUUUGUAAAAUAUAACUAUUAACCAAAAAUACUUAAGUUAAAGCUAUUACAUGAGGUUAAACAUACACUUUUCAAAUUUGUUAUUAUUGAUUUGCAUGUUUUGUUUUUAUAAACCUUUGUAAGCCUU